AUGCCAACCCCCGAAUCCGCCGCCUUCCUCGCAAAGAAGCCCCAGGUCCCGCCGACCUUCGAGGGCGUCGAUUUCGACGACAACCAGGCCUUGAAGGCAGCACAGGAUGCGAUCAUCCGCGAGCAGUGGGUGCGGAGUAUGAUGGCGCGCUUGGUGCGGGAGGAGAUGGGCAAAUGCUACCGCCGCGAGGGCGUGAACCAUUUGGAGAAGUGCGGACACUUGAGAGAGCGAUAUUUCGAACUCCUGAAAGACUCCAAGGUCAAGGGAUACCUCUUCGCGCAAAAGCAUACCUUCGAGAAGAAUUAG